ACCGUGCCGGACAACGAAAAAACGGUGUUCGUGCACUUGACGGAGAUCAGACAGCGUCUCUCGGUCAUCAAGAAGGACCACACGAGGUUCAUGGACUCCAAGGAGAUCACGGAGAUCUACCAGCGCGUGCUCCGGUACACGGACGAGCUCCAGACCAUCCGCAACAGCCCCGCCAGCAACAUCAACCCCAACAAGGUGGACGUGCUCGUGGACGAGAUCUUCCAGCUCCUCUCGCUCUGCUUCGUCACCUGCGGCCUCUCCAACACCGCCCCGGCCACGUACGCCUCGCUGUCCACGGUCCAGCGCUUGCUUGAACACCUCAACGAGUCCUCCAUCUACACCCCGCACGACUUGAAACCCAUCAAGGACCGCUUGGACGAGAUCUCCACCAUCAUCAGCUCCAACGACUGCUCCAACAACAACACCGAGAUCUGCCUCUUGAACAACAAGUUGGACAUCUGCUACUCCGAGUACAGCUUCAUGAUGGACAAGACCUCCAACCUCUCUGCGGACGUCAAGUCCCUCAUGGACGACCUCUUGUCCAUCAAGUACAAGUUGUUCGAGUUGAUCACAGAGAACAUCCACGACGACAGCAAGGUCGAUCAGCUGACCCGGGACCUCACCAAGUGCCAGAUCAAGGCCGAGCAGUUUUUCUCCAACAACGAGAACGAAAAGGGCGCCGGAAUCAUCAAGGGCUUGAUCGACAACUGCUCCAACUACUUGAAUGACCUCCAUUUGGGAAUUGACAGAGUGGACCCCCACUUGACCGCCAUAUACGAAAAAUUGUUGAACUUGAAGUCGAUCUUGGAAAACCUCUUCCUGACCAAGAGAUGGACCCUGAGAACAACAGAUAUCUUCAACUACCAGAAACAGUUAGUCGAGAUCGACAACUCGAGAGUAAACGGCUACUUCAUCAGCAAGGACUACAAGGGCCAAUCCGUGUUGCUAUAUCUUUUGAGAUCCUGCUUUGCAAUCAUCUACAAGCUACUGGAAUCCUCAGAGCCAGUUUCCGAGUCCCUACAACCAAUCCAUAACCAAUUGUCCACCAUCAGAAGAUGUCUUUUGGAUUUGAAGAGAAUGGGCGGAAUCUCCUCCAUCAGAGAACUCUAUCCCUACCAACUCAAGUUGGACUCCAUAGACAACAUGAAGGUGGACGGCAAGUUUAUGAUCAAAGGUCAAAUCCCAGAAGGUCAAGCUACAGUGACAGCCCUCUUGGCAGAAUGUUUCGACAUUGUUCAUGAACUGAAAAUCGAGUACUACGACCGGGACGAAGAGCUGGAGGCAAGAGACGAUAGAGAAAAGCCAAAGUUUAGCGUCAUUGGAACAAAGGCCUCCCAGGACACGAAUUACGACUACAACCAUGCAGAUGAAGACCAGCACGAU